UAGUGAUCUCGCCUAGAGAGUAAACAUCCUUCAGAAGUGGUCCUAAGGACGAGGAGAUAAGUGAGGAGAGGAGAGGAGACAAGAGGAGAGGAGACGAGACGAGAGGAUCGAGGAGACUUGACCCGCCGCCGCAGGAUGCAACGCGUCUUAAAGCCUCGAUGGACCCUCAUGUUGACGUGCUUCCUGGUCGGCGGCUCAGUGGAGGCGUCGGCCCCGCCCCCCCUCCACCUGUCCGUCUCCUGCAGCGUGGGCCACCGGGCCGUGCUGCCCUGCAGCUGGCGGCGGCUCCUGGGCUCGGUGGCGCCCCCUGCCUGCCACCUGCAGUGGGCCACGCCGGACGCCGCGGUGCUGGAGCAGCUCGGCGCGCAGCGCUGGGAGGCCCCCGGCUUCCGGGGCCGCCUGCAGGGCCCCGGGGACCGGCUGGGGGCCGGCGACUGCUCCCUGGUCAUCAGCGACGCCCAGAUCGGAGACGCCGGCCAAUACGAGAGCUUCAUGGUGCUGGAGGGGCCCCGGGGCCCCACACAGGUCUUCAUCCAGAGCGUCAGGCUGGCGGUGCACGACCACGAGUCCCAGGAGUCUCGGGGUCUCGGUGAGGACCUGGUCCUGGACCUCUACACCCGCCACUCGGAGCGAGUCGUGUUCCAGAACAGGAGCGGCGCCCCGUGGGCGGAGCUGUGGUCGAGGGGCGGCGGUGGCGGCGAGCGUCUGGUGAAGCGUCCGCAGGCGGAGCAGCUGACCCUGAAGGAGCUUCACCUGGAGGACCAGGGGACCUACCGGGUCCUGGACCAGCACGGCCUCACCGUCAGCACCGUGCAGCUGUCCGUGGGAGGAAGCCCCCCAGCUGCCUCCCCCCAUCUGGGAGAACGAGCUCCGACAGGUGACGGAGUCAGAGACGGCUGCUCCACUUUCUUCUUCUCUCUUCUCCUCACAAUCUUCAUUCACCUGGUCUGACUACAAAGAGCUCUGCUAAUAAUAAUAUAUAUUAUAAUAUAUAUAUAUUAUAAUAUCAGGGCUCUCAAGUGUCACGCAUUGAGCGUGAGACUCACGUCUUAAGUCACGCACUCCCGCCACACAUCGUAUUUCUCACGCUGAAACAACUCUCGGCUAUUUAAUGUUUUAAUGUGCCGCAGCGCGCCAACAUGAGCCGCGCUGCCCUCACCGUGGAGGAAUCAAGCGCUCCCCUGGAGUUCUGCUGCGAGGAGCCACUUAUCAGCCAAUCCAACAAACAAAAAAACUUGCCUGUCUACAAAACUUGAGAGCCCUGUAAUAUAUAUAUAUAUAUUAUAAUAAUUAUAAUAUAUAUAUAUUAUAAUUUGGACGGUUUGUUGGGAAUAUAAAUCAUGUCAUGUUAAUGUUUCUGUGAGAGCUACCGUUUUAUAAAUGUAUUAAAUGAAAACAAUAAAUACCAGAAAACAA